GAGUGGCGGUGCUGAGCGCUGCUGAGCUCUGCUGAGCCGUAGCCCGGCCCGCCGCCACGCCCCGCCACGCCCCGCGCUUUGGUCGGCUCGGCGGGGCGGGCAGGCCGCCGCAGGCCGCAGCAGGCACGUCAGUCCGACUCUGGCCGCUCACCUGAGCAGAGCGAAGCGAACGGAACGAGCGGUGUGCGUCGAGCGGAGCAGCGUCGCCGUGGUACAUAGUGGCUGGUGAACCGCAGUGUCGCGAGUGUAGUGUGCUGUGUGACAUGUGCGUCCCCGGCCCCGUCGCGCUCCCGGCGGCGCCGACACCUCUCUGCAGGCGCUGCUGGAUGCCCCGCGGCGACUGUUGAUAGCAGGACAGCCGGGACCGGGACGUACCCAGGACAGGGCUCAAGAUGACCGUCACCUACUCCAAGCUCGUCGCCAACGGGAGCAGCUUCGGCUGCUUCUGGAGGAUAUUGUACAAGUGGCGGGGCAGCGUCUACAAGCUGGUUUGGCGGGAGCUGCUCGUGUUCCUCUGCCUGUACUUCUCCAUCAACCUCCUGUACCGACAUGGGCUCAACGAGGCGCAACAGAGGCAGUUCGAGCGGCUUCGAGCGUACUUCGGCUCGCACGGCGAGACCAUCCCCAUGUCGUUUGUCCUCGGUUUCUACGUGAGCCUGGUCGUGAAGCGUUGGUGGGAGCAGUACCGGCUGCUGCCAUGGCCCGACACUCUCGCCCUCUUCGUGUCUGCUGCCAUACCCGGAGUGGACGAACGUGGCCGCCUGAUGCGCCGUAACAUCGUCCGCUAUGCCGUGCUGGCGUACGUCAUCACGCUGAACCACGUGAGCGUCCGCGUCAAGAAGCGCUUCCCCGGAUGGCAGCACAUGGUGGACGCAGGCUUCAUGAUGGAGUGCGAGAAGAAGAUCUUCGAGCUGAUGGACGGCAAGAGCCCCAUGUCCAAGUACUGGAUGCCGCUCGUCUGGGCCACCAACAUCAUCAACCGCGCGCGCAAGGAGGGGCUGAUCCAGUCGGACCACGUGGUGCAGACCAUGCUGCAGGAGCUGUCGGACAUCCGCCGCCGGCUGGGCUCGCUCAUCGGCUACGACACGGUGUGCGUGCCCCUCGUGUACACGCAGGUGGUGACGCUGUCCGUGUACACGUACUUCAUGGCGCAGCUGAUGGGCCGCCAGUUCGUCGAGACGAGGCACCCCGACGGCACCGUGACGGGAGACCCUGACAUCUUCUUCCCCCUCUUCACCUCGCUGCAGUUCUGCUUCUACAUCGGCUGGCUGAAGGUGGCCGAGGUUCUCAUCAACCCGUUCGGCGAGGACGACGACGACAUUGAGCUCAACUGGCUCAUAGACAGGCACAUCAAGAACAUCGAGGUGGCCCGCCGCGGGCUGGGAGAGACGCCCGGCCCUGAGGAAGAUGACGAGGACGUGAACCCGCUGUGCCGGGGCGGGCGCGGGCAGGGCCUGGCGGGCCUGCUGGGGGCGGGCGCGCUGGCGGCGGUGCGCGCGCUGCUCGCCUUCCUGCACGGCCUGCUCUCGGCCCUGCUGCCGUGCCUCGUGCCUCCCCUCGGCCCGGACAGCCCCCCGCCGCGCCAGCCCCGCCCCGACCCUCCUCAACAGCCUGCACCCGGGGAGAGGCCCUGGCUGCGCACCGCGGCCUACAUGAUCGUGGACGAGAUGCACGAGGAGCACCCCGAGCUGCUCAAGGACCAAUACUGGGACGAGGUGGUGCCCAAGGACCUGCCCUACACCGUGGCGUCCGAGUGCUACCGGCGGGCGGAGCCCAAGGGCAGCGCCGAGGACUACAAGGUCAAGGACUCGGACGCGCUCUACGCCAACCUCAUGCCCCAGCGCAACAAGCCCGGCCCCGAGGACGUCUACGCCGACUACGAGAGCGUGGACACCCCGCUCGUGGAGAGGCGCAAGAACUGGUUCCAGCGGCAGCUGCAGCGCAUGGGGUCGGUGCGCUCCUCCAGCACCACGUACUCCUCGGCCGGGAUGGCGUUCAACUCGCGGCCCCGCCACAACUCGGUGUACUCGCAGAUCUCGUUUGUGCAGGGGGAGAACGGCGGCCUCCCGGGCCCGGUGCCCGGCCCCGUGUCGGCGCAGAUCUUGAGCCAGACCACGCUGCCCAUCCACCAGCAGCAGCAGCAGCAGCCGCCGCCCGAGCGGCAGCCCAAGAUGUCCAUCUACGACCGAUUCGUCAACAGGCGCUCCAGCCGGGGACAGAACAAGAGAUCCAGUGUGCAGAAGAACCGGCCGCGCAUCCCCACGCCAGACGUGACCAUCAUCAGGAACAAUGAUGCCAACGGCUCUGCACCCUCCACCCCCGGCACGCCCAACAUGCUGACGCCGCAGCCCUACCCCACCGACGUGCCCGUUGUGCAGAUGUUUUUCGGUGUUCCGCAGGUGCUGCUGACGCCCAUCCAGGAGGCCGAGGGCGGCGUGGUGGCCGUGGGGGGCAUGGGUAUGGGGUCGCCGGGCCACCACCAGCACCACCAGCUGACCAUGGCGGGCGUGGGCGCCAAGGCACUGGCACAGGCCGUGCUCUCCCCCGGGAUGGGGCCCAUCGGCCCCGUCACGCUGGCUGCCACCCCCGUCACCUUCUCGCAACCCAUUCUGUUCACCGCGUCUCCUGGUCCACACCGCCCGGUCCGGUCGUCGGCGCCCCCGAGGAGCGCCGUCACCCUGACCGAGGUUAGCAGCCACUCUGGCUCGGCGUCCGGCUCGGAGGAGGAGGGCAGUUCGGCCUCGCCGCGACCCACUACCCCGGCCACGCCUACGAGCACGCCGUCGGUGACACCAACACCUGCGGCAGCCGCUGCCUUCGCUGCUGCCGUCACGCCGGCGGUCUCCAACGCCACGUCCACGCCCGCGACCUCGCCGCCGAGGAGCACCGCCAACAGCCUGGCACCCAGCGCGGCGCCCAGCGCGGCCAGCACGGUGGAGAGGAAGAAGGGCACCGCGGAGAGGAGGACCGGCGCGCCCAACAAGCGCGAGGUGUACGUCUGACACGCGCGCCGGCACCCUCGUCCAGCCCAUGCAUCCAUGCACACAACUUGCAGAUGUUUCCCUCUUUGAUGGCGUCUAAUUUGACCCGAGACCGAGGAAGGAGAAUUUUUGUUUUUUGUAGUGCAACGUAUCUGAACCGCUGGAUACAGUAGGAAACGUGAUCUUCUAAAGAUAAAUUAUAUUGAUAUGACGAUUAUUUUUGUAAUAUGAAUUCCAGUCAGUACGACUUGUGAUCAUUAAUGUAAUUAAUGUUUUUAGAGUAACAAAUUUCUCAUGUGUACCUCUGAUUUCUUAUCUGUUCCAUUGGCUAAGUUUUUGUGUGUUUUUAAUUUUUUUUGUGCCAGAGAUUUUUUUGGAGAUCGAUUGUGAGAUAAUUGCUGAUAAUUGAGAUUUUAACCAUGUGAUUUUCUUUUUUUUUCCAAAAAGGAAGAAAUUGCCAAAUUUCACUGAGCACAAUAGUUUUCAGAGAAUGUGACACACUUAGUAUGUAUUUUGCUGUUUAGAACUAAUUAGAAACCUAUGUGAUCCUUUGUAUUAAAGUAAAGCUAGUUAGUAUUUGUCAAAUGAUUUUUUGUAUGAUCUAACUAUUUGUACAAAGUAAGGAGUUUUGUGCCAACAACUUUAUCAAGCAGAGCUUGUACAAGGUAUUUUGUAAUCCUCUAGAAAAGUAAGGAUACCAGUAGUUUAUAAAUUUACAAUUCAAUUCCAAUAUCUUUGAGGAGUGUGAUAGAAUAAAAUAGAUUAAGUCUUAGUCGCAAUUUUUCAUGUGCCGUAAUGCAUUAUGCUAAUUUAUACCAUUCGUAUUAUAUUAAGUUCUAGUGGUUCUAUUUGCUUGUGAUCAGUGUAAGGUAGAGAGGUUCGCCAUUAUCUAUGAAAGUCAAGGGGUGUGUUACUUUGUAUACGCUUUUAAGAACUGAUUUGCCAGAUUGCAAUGUACAUGUUGUAUCAAUUACCAAGCACGUGUUGCCUUAGUGUUUUGACAAUUAGUUAUACAGAUGCAUCAUUUGUGAGAUUUUUGUUGAAUGAGACCGUUUUUCAGUCAUUAAAGCUGAAAAAGACUUCCCAAUCGAAAAA